AAAACAAAGCGUGGACUGGCCGGCCGCACGGAAAUGGUUUUGUUUCUGUGGCUUCCCAAAAUAGUGUGAGAGAAAUGAGGGCUGCUACAUAUUUAAAAUUCAGUUAGCUCUCUUAACAAUAUUUUAUUUUUCAUGAAUAUAAUUUUGAUAUCUCCUAAACCAAACGAACGAUAGCUAGCUUGUUAGCUAGCUUUACUAAUGCAAGCAGCCAUGCCGUCCUACUCUGAAUUGAGGAAAACCAACCACUUCUACUACUUCAUCAAAUUUACCCUUAAUAUCUACUCAAUGCUCUUCUCGCUGAUGGGUCUUUGUGUGCUCUGUGUGGGGGUGUAUGCCGAAGUGGAAAGGCAGAAGAAUCGAACCCUGGAGGGCCUUUUCCUGGCUCCUGCUGUUGUGCUCAUCCUCCUGGGCCUGGUGAUGUUUACAGUGUCGGUGGUGGGCAUGGUUGGAUCCCUCAGGGACAACAAGACCCUGCUGCACAUGUUCCUCUGUGUUCUCUGUGUGUUGCUGCUUCUCCAGGCGGUUGCGCUCACCACCGCGCUCAUCUUCGAAAAGAAGACGUCUACCUUGUUUCAGAGCAGUAUACGAGAAGGAAUUAAACACUACUACGAUGAUCUGGACUUCAAAAACAUCUUGGACUAUGUGCAACAAAAGUUUUCAUGCUGUGGAGGGGACGAGUAUAAGGACUGGGGAGUCAACCAGUAUCAUUUCUGCAAUGGUACUGGUCCACUAGCCUGUGGAGUUCCAUAUACCUGUUGUGUUCGCCGUAAGGUAGGAGAGGUCAUCAACACUCUGUGCGGUUACAAGACUCUGGAUCAACAGCGUGAAACCCUGCAUGAGGUGAUCCAUGUGCGAGGCUGCAUCCAUGCAGUCAACCUCUGGAUGAGUGACAACAUUGGAAUAACCAUUGCACUCUGCUGUGCCAUCGGGCUGCCCCAGCUGCUGGGCAUCAUCCUGAGCUGCGUCUUCUGGAACCUGCUGGUGGACAUGAGCGAGUCGGCCGACAUGGUAGACUUCAAGCUGAAGAAGUCUGAGAUUGAGUAUAGCGAGCUGGACCUGGCCGGCGCCGGCUGGUGUAUGUGCCUGCCGAGGGACGGCGGCUACCUGCCUGUCCCCGUGUCUGAGCCCGAACUCGACCCCAUUGACGCUCACCUAUUGAAGCUGAAGAAGCAGCCGCCUCUAACACACGCUCAGCUCCGAGAAAUGCAGCAGUCCAGAUCGGCCACGGGGCUGGACGAGGUAGACAUUGGCCGAAAGCAGAAAAGGGAACACUGAGUGGUCUUUUUGCCCUUUCUUGCCUUUAGGGUUUUUACCUAUUUUUUUUUUUUCUCUCUCAUUGUGAUCAUUGCAUUUGUUGGAUUUGUGUUGCACUACUUAAUGGUUGAAGCUGUCAAUAAUUGGAUUAAGAGAAAUUUGGUCAGCUAAAGGGAUCAGAAGUACUUGGGCACUUUUGUUGCUGAAUUUGUUUACAACAAAAAUUGAAGGAACAAGAAGCAACAUUGACCUCUUUAUAAACAUUUCUUUUGUGUUUGUGACAGUUGAUGUUCAAGGAUUUAUGGCAUUAUAUCACAUUUUAUUAAAAAAAUUUAGCCUUUGAAAUUGAGCUGUGUCUCAUGUGCUAAAGCUUACCUCAGGCUGUUUUGAAAAUAGCCCAGUAGUCAGAGGGACAGUACUAUUUGGUGUAUAAAUUAAUGGUAGCUUGAAAAGACGUUUUUUUUGGUGUUGGAGAAAUAGGAAUAGCCAAGUAUGUCUUGCGUGUAGCGUCUGUGACGGAUGUAUACAGUUUGUGUAUUGUUUCUUUCAAUUAUGAUUUCAAUUUGAUUUUGUGCAAUCGGUGUACAUUGUAAGACUGGUAGUUGUGGAAUAACAUGGGAUGCAUGUUUUGUACUGUAUAUGAAGUAAAUUUAAAAUAAACAAAAACAGAAAAUCUCAGUUUACAUGUUAGGCUCUCAUCAGGAGGGGGCUUCAGUCUAUUCCAUUUUAACUAAACUUUUUAUUCCAUCUUUUAAAGGAACAACUACAUGGAUUAUCCAGACUGGAAAUCCAGUUAAAAGCUACUCUGAUGGUUUUUUGUAUCUGAUUUAUGCACUGUUUUGAGCUUCCCCCUAGCUCCUGCCUUGUAUCAGCACUACUGUUCUUGUCAAUAAAGCUGAAUUUGUCUACUGA